AUUUAAUUAUCUUUCAGCUUAGCAAGGCGGUGCGCUUGAACUAAAUCGUUUCCUCGAUUGCCGUUGUCCUGCACACCCUUCCAACCCCUUAGCCACCGUGUACCAUAUUGCCUUGCAAAACUGUACGCACUCUUUUGUUAUUAGUUGCCAGUAGUUGGAUCAACACAAGCGCUGAAUCGGAAGUAAGGAACUUUGCGAUUGGGGCUAAAGAGCCCCUAGCUUGAGCCCGGCGCGCCGGGAAGAAUGUCUGACGGCAAAUACUUUUCAACAACAAAGCGAGGUGAGAUCCAUGAGCUCAAGGAGGAGCUCAGGAGCCUUGAUAGGCCAAAGAAGAAGGAUGCGGUGAAGAAGGUCAUCGCGGCUAUGACUGUGGGGAAGGAUGUGUCCAUGCUCUUCCCGGAUGUGGUCAACUGCAUGCAAACGGACGACCUGGAGCUUAAGAAGCUGGUUUACCUAUACCUCAUCAACUACGCGAAAACUCAGCCGGACCUGGCGAUUAUGGCCGUGAAUACGUUUGUGAAGGACUCCCAAGAUCCGAACCCUCUCAUUCGUGCGCUGGCUGUUCGCACGAUGGGUUGCAUCCGGGUGGACAAAAUCACGGAGUACCUGUGCGAUCCCCUUCAACGCUGCCUAAAGGACGAUGACCCAUAUGUACGGAAAACCGCGGCGGUUUGCGUGGCGAAGCUGUACGACAUCAACCCCGAGCUGGUGGAGGACCGCGGCUUCCUGGACAUGCUGCGGGAGAUGCUGAGUGAUGCUAACCCCAUGGUGGUCGCGAACGCGCUGGCAGCACUGCAGGAGAUCCAGGAGCUGGCCAGCAGCGGCGGCAAGGACCUGCUGCAGAUGACCACCCAGACGCUGAACAAGCUGCUGGCGGCGCUGAACGAGUGCACAGAGUGGGGGCAGGUGUUCAUCCUGGACUCGCUGGCUGCCUACGACACUCGCGACCCACGGGACGCUGAGAAGAUCGCGGAGCGGGUGCUGCCGCGCCUGCAGCACGUCAACUCGGCGGUGGUGCUGUCGGCCGUCAAGGUCAUCCUGCGCUGCAUGGACGUUGUGGCGCUGGGCCCCGGGGGCGGCGAGGACACCAUCCGCGCCUGGUGCAAGAAGAUGGCGCCCCCGCUGGUGACGCUGCUGGCCUCGGAGCCGGAGGUGCAGUACGUGGCGCUGCGCAACAUUAACCUCAUCGUGCAGCGGCGGCCGGCCAUACUGGCGAAUGAGGUCAAGGUGUUCUUCUGCAAGUACAACGACCCGCUGUACGUCAAGAUGGAGAAGCUGGAGAUCAUGAUUCGGCUGGCGUCCGACAAGAACAUCGACCAGGUGCUGCUGGAGCUUAAGGAGUACGCGCAGGAGGUGGACGUGGACUUUGUGCGCAAGUCGGUUCGCGCCAUCGGCCGCUGCGCGGUGGCCCUGGAGAAGGCCACGGAGCGCUGCAUCAACGUGCUGCUGGAGCUCAUCCAGACCAAGGUCAGCUACGUGGUGCAGGAGGCGAUCAUCGUCAUCAAGGACAUCUUCCGGCGCUACCCCAACCAGUACGAGUCCAUCAUCGCCACCCUGUGCGACAACCUGGACAGCCUGGACGAGCCGGAGGCCAAGAGCAGCAUGGUGUGGAUCAUCGGGGAGUACGCGGAGCGCAUCGACAACGCGGACGAGCUGCUGGAGGCGUUCCUGGAGACCUUCCCGGAGGAAACCAGCAUGGUCCAGCUGCAGCUGCUGACCGCCACCGUGAAGCUCUUCCUGAAGAAGCCCACCGAGAGCGCGCAGAAGAUGAUCUCCGCCGUGCUCUCCUGCGCCACCACCGAGACGGACAACCCCGACCUGCGAGACAGGGCCUACAUCUACUGGCGCCUGCUGUCUACAGACCCGGAGGCCGCCAAGGACGUGGUGCUGGCCGAGAAGCCGGUCAUCGCGGACGACUCCUCCACGCUGGAUCCCUCCCUGCUGGAGCAGCUGGUGUCGCGCCACCUGGCCACCGUGGCGGCCGUCUACCACCGCCCGCCCGAGACAUUUGUCAGCAGGCAGCGCCUGGCCGUCACACGCGCGGAGGAGCUGGGCAGCCGCAAAUUCGAUGAGGAGGAUGGCACCGUGCCGGGCGCCAUGGUGUCUGACAACAACAUGGCUGCAGCGGCGGGCGCAGCGGCCGCAGCAGUGGCCAGCUCCGUGGGGGACCUGCUGGACCUGUCGGACGCCACACCCGCGCCACCGCCCGCGCCAGCAGCGGCUGCGGGGUUGGGAGCAGCGGUGCCGCCGCAGCAGCCGCCGGCUGCCCGGGGCCUGGACGACUUGUUGGGCGGGCUGGACAUAGGAGGAGGUGCCCCUGCGGCGAGCUCCUCCGUCCCCGCUGCUGCCCCAGCCGCCGCAGUCGGCUCCUCCGAUCCCUUUGCUUCCUUCGGCUCCGGGUCCGCUUCUGGGGCCGCUGGGGUUGCUGCUGCUGGGGCGGCGGGAGCGGCGGCCGGCGGCUUGUCUGCCGCCGCGCUGUCGCAGCUGCCCGUGCUGCUGAGCAACCCUGGGGGCGUAUCGGUGCAGGGGCGGCUGGUGCGGCAAGGAGGGCAGGUGGUGUACCAGCUAGCCCUGCGGAACGACACGGCUGCCCCCGUGGACGGUCUCAUGAUCCAGACCAACCGCAACAGCUUCGGUCUCAGUCCCGCCAGCCAGGUGCUGGUGCUGUCCACCCCCGGUGGCGGCAGUGCCGUGCCCCCCAGCUCCCUUGUCCCGGUGCGGGUGCCGCUGCUGGUGGACGCCGGCAAGGUGACGCCGCCGCCGCUCAGCACCGCUCUGCAGGUGGCGCUCAGGACAAACCAGGUUGGCGUGCUGUACUUCAACGACUCGGUGCCGCUGUCCGCGCUGACGGAGGAGAACGGGACCAUGGAGGCAGCGGAUUUCCUUGCGGCGUGGAAGGCGCUCCCACCCGAGACCAGUGCGCGGCUACCCCUGGCUGUCCCCUCCGCCGAGUCCGCCAAGCAGCGACUGGCGGCAGCGAACCUCUUUGUGCUGGCGCACCGCCAGGUACCCGCUACCGGCCAGGACGCCAUCUACGCCACGUGCCGCAUCUCCGCAGGCGGCGUGGGGCAGGUGUUGUUGGAGCUCAAGUUCGUUGCGGGUGCGGGCGGGGUGGACGUGUCGGUGAAGGCGGAGCGGCAGGACGUGGCGCAGCUGGUGUUUGAUGGGCUGCCGGCGGUGCUGCUGGGCUCGGCAUGAGGCGUAGCAGCAUGACAGCACGAGGCGCGCAUGGUUUCCGGCGCAUGGUUUCCAAAGCGGAGCUAAGCUUAGCUGGGCUCGGUAUGAGACCUGUGGCGCCGGGCAUGAGGAAUGUUGCACCGGGCAUGCAGUGCCGGGAGCUGCUCCCAUCUGGGUCAAUUUGGGUUGGUCAGGGGUGCAUGCCGUACAUGAGGACGUGAUGCAAGCAAGCUUCAUAGCAGAAGGCAGCAGCGGCAAGCGGCGGGUUUAGGGAACUGGGUGAGCUGUCGUGGGUGGGCGGAGAGUAGGUGUCUGAAAUAAAUGGGAGUGGAGGGACGGUACGUGGGCAUGGGAUGGGUACCGGUUAGUAGGACGGGUGUAGGGAAGUGUAGGUUUGAGCAACUUAGAACCUGAGGGUUCCAUGGGACACGUGUAGACGUUCUUGACGGCGCUGCCACCCGCGCGCUAUCUCUAGAUUGGGUUUACCGCAUGGCGCGUUGCGUGAUAGUCCUGGGGUACAUACGAAUUGGAGGACUGCAGGAGGGAGGGCGUCAGGGGGUGAGCAACGAAGGGGCUUGUGGGCAGUGUAGUGAGCAUCAAAAGCGGCGCUGCGGGCUUGAGGAUGGAGGCGACCUGGGGCAUGGCCGGGUGCUGUCAAAAGUAGAGGGACUCGUGCAACACACCGCCAUUGCAGUGGAGGUGAGGUGUGAAGGCUUUGCUUCCCACGCGUCUGAGAUGUAGCGGUAGGAGUAGGGAGAUGCAGGACUGGGGUUGGUAGGCAUAGCCAGAGAAGCUGCAAGUAUUCUUUUCUCCGUCGCUGACUCUACGUGUCCCCACGGUCGAUGCUGUACAUGUAAAAUUGCAUAUCUGG